AUGGCUCACCCUUUUGUCUCCAACUCAAACAUUCUCCAUCGCUCAUUCGCUGAUCAACCUGAAAGAGUCGUUUCUGCCUCAGGUGUAUCUCUCUUUCUCGAGUCUGGCCGUGAAAUCCUUGAUGCUUCAGCCGGACCAGCCGUAUCAUGUCUCGGCUUUGGACGUCCAGAGAUUGCUGAAGUGGUCGCGAACCAGAUGAACCAGCUUCCUUAUCUCUACUCUGGCGCACGUUUCACUUGCGAUGUAACCGAGGAGCUUGCGUCGAUGCUUCUGCAAGGGCAACCCGGUGGCCUGUCCAAGGCCAUAUUCGUCAACUCUGGAAGCGAAGCCACUGAUGCUGCUAUCAAGCUCGCAACACAAUACUGGCACGAGCGAGGAAUGCCCCAGAAGCACCAUGUCAUCGCAAGAAAACAGAGCUAUCAUGGAAACACGAUUGGAGCACUCUGUGUUUCUGGCCACAAAUCUCGAAGGGCCAUGUACCGCCACUGGCUCUCUCAUAAUGUAAGCUUCGUUGACCCCUGCUUCGCUUAUAGGCUGAAGGGAAACGAAUCCGACGAAGAUUACGUCAAGCGUCUGGCAGAUCAACUUGAGGCAGAGAUUCUCCGUAUUGGACCGGAGAACGUUUCUGCAUUUGUGGCUGAGACUGUCAGUGGAACUACUCUAGGUUGCCUUCCUGCUGUACCUGGAUACUUCGUGGCUGUCCGAGAGAUUUGCGACAAACAUGAUGUCCUCUUGAUCUUAGAUGAAAUUAUGUGCGGUAUGGGGAAAACCGGCACUAUGCAUGCUUGGGAGCAGGAGGGCAUUUCAGGGCCUGACAUUCAGAUGAUAGGCAAAGCUCUUGGUGGAGGUUUUGUUCCCCUAUCUGGCGUGUUGCUUCGCAAUAAGAUUUUCGACGCCCUCGCAGACGGAUCUCGGGGAUUAGCCCAUGGACACACAUUCCAAGCUCAUCCAGUGGCUUGCGCUGCAGCCCUUGAGGCUCAGCGCAUCAUUCGUGAUGAAGAUAUUCUCACCAACGUCCAAGAAAUGGGUAAAGUCUUGGAGAGGCUCCUGAGAACAAAUCUUGGACAUAUGGAAUUUGUCGGCGAUAUCCGUGGGCGUGGUCUUUUUUGGGCUGUUGAGUUCGUUCAAGAUCGUCGCACCAAAACACCCUUCCCGGCAAAUAUGAGACUGUGCCACCAGAUCGUGGACAAGGCGCUUGAUCUGGGCUUGAAUAUUUUGGGAAACCUAGGUGAAACUGGGGAUAUCCAUGUUGAUCAUGUCAUAAUGUCUCCCCCAUAUGUGGUAACUGAGUCUGAAUUGGGGCGGAUGAAUCGGAUCAAGAUUUUGAGUCCCAUGAACGAAUCACUUAGAACCCCACCUUCGGCUUCAACUCGGAGAGGUGGCUAUACUCGACAGAAGCGUGGAUGUCUAACAUGUCGUCAACGAAAGAAGAAAUGUGAUCAGCUUUACCCUAUCUGCAGUCACUGUUUGCGUCUCAACCUAGUAUGCAAGCGUGAGCCUCCACGCUCAGUGCUACCCUCACCUGGGGCGGCAACGGGAGGUUCUGAAGUGACCGAGACAAGAGUUGUGAGAACCCCGAGCAUAGACCAGCAAAUCAAAGAGGUCACGCAACUAUGCCAACCUCUUGGACUAUCGCUGGAACCUGGUGACGCCAACUCGAAAAAUCUUGUGGGAAGCAGACGAGUGAUGCUGCGUUACUACACGGUGACACUUGCGUUUCUACUGACCACGAAUCUCGAAAACAACUGUUUCCUCUCCGUUAUCCUUCCCAUGGCGUUCGAAUGCCCUGCCCUGAUGUAUGCCGUCUCAGCAUGGGCUUCUUCCCACUUAGCAUUACGGGACGAGAAGUUCAGAGCGGAUUCGCUAAGGCACCGUGGACAUGCUUUGGCUCAGCUUCAACAGUCAAUGAAGCAGAGUGAGCUAUCAACUGAGAUGUGCCUCGCUGUGACCAUGGUCCUCUGUUCUAUGGAGUCAAUAUCCGAGGCUACCGAUGCCUGGUAUCCUCACUUGACAGGCGCAGCUGCUGCAUUAGCUUGGCAGUCAGAGGGUUCUCUUGCGGUGGUGGAUCCGAAGCAAGCUGUUCAGGCUACCUUUGAGGGGAGGUGGCUUCUCCGCAAUUUCGCCUAUCACGAUAUCAUGAUGAGUGUCUCGAUGGAUUGUCGUCCAUUAGUAAGGGGGUUCUACUGGGCCUCAGAGGAUGACACACUUGCAGAUCCCUAUUUUGGAUUUGCGUCGCGGAUACUCUAUCUCAUCUCCGAGACUAGCAUUCUGAAUGCCGACUUCGCAGAAGCAAAAUUGGGAUCACAGACCCGCGGUUAUAGUUUUGCUGAACGUUCACAAAAGAUAGAAAGUGAACUCCAGAGUUGGGUUUGCCCUUCAGGCCACGAUGAUUCACCGCUAGCGUUGCUUGGUGAAGCCUAUCGCAACGCGGCGCUCAUUCAUCUAUACCGAACCCUUGCUCGCUACAUUAACAGCUAUUCUGGCAUUUUGAAAGCGAAGCUGAAGGCUUGUGUAGAGUCGAUAUGUAAGCUUAGCAGACAAGUGUCAGAGGGUUGCCUCGUGGAAUGCACCCUCCUUUUCCCACUGUUCAUGGCAGGAGGAGAAGCCCACGAGACAAGUGAGAUAGAAAUCAUUAGAGAGAAGCUUGGCGAGAUGAUCAAGUGGCGAAAAUUCCGAAACGUUGAAGCUUGUCUUGAUGUUCUUGAUGAGGUAUGGCGGCGAAGAAUGGAUGGAUCAAGGAGGGAAGACCAAGAUAAGGUGGACUGGCUAGAUGUGGUGAAGCAACGGGGCUGGAAGCUUUCCAUUUCGUAAUUGCGAAGUUCCGAAUACCGAGAAAAAGCUUCUUUUUCCCAUUGAAUACAAGUUAAUUCCUGG